CUUUAAGGCGGCGCGGGGACUGCUGGGAAGGCCGACGGGAUGGAGGCGGUGGGACCGGCUCACGGUUGCGGGUCCCGGUGAAGCGGGGUGGGAUCCGGAGCCGGAGCCGGGCCAAGCGGGAGGCUCAGGCCCGGCGCCCGCCUGCCGCCCUCUCCCUUUCGCAGGCGGCGCGGCCAUGGCCACGGCCACGAUGGUGCUUCCACGGGAGGAGAAGCUGAGCCAGGACGAGAUUGUGCUGGGCACCAAGGCCGUUAUCCAGGGGCUGGAGACUCUGCGCGGGGAGCAUCGUGCCCUGCUCGCCCCCCUAGUCGCGCACGAGGCCGGUGAGACCGAGCCGGGCUCUCAGGAGCGCUGUGUCCUCCUGCGUCGCUCUCUGGAAGCCAUAGAGCUGGGGCUGGGGGAGGCCCAGGUGAUCCUGGCACUGUCAAGCCACCUGGGGGCUGUAGAGUCGGAGAAGCAGAAACUGCGGGCUCAGGUGCGGCGCCUGGUGCAGGAGAACCAAUGGCUGCGCGAGGAGCUGGCGGGGACGCAGCAGAAGCUGCAGCGCAGCGAGCAGGCUGUGGCCCAGCUUGAGGAGGAGAAGCAGCACCUGCAGUUCAUGAGCCAAAUCCGCAAGUUGGAUGAGGACACCUCCCCCAGCGUGAGCCGGGAGGAGAAGGGGGAUGUCCCCAAAGACUCUCUGGAUGACCUGUUUCCCAAUGAGGACGAGCAGGGCCCAGCCCCCAGCCCUGGCGGAGGGGAUGUGGCCGCCCAGCAUGGAGGCUAUGAAAUCCCGGCCCGGCUCCGCACCCUGCACAACCUGGUGAUCCAGUACGCGUCGCAGGGCCGCUAUGAGGUGGCCGUGCCACUCUGUAAGCAGGCACUCGAGGACCUAGAAAAGACGUCGGGCCAUGACCACCCCGAUGUGGCCACCAUGCUGAACAUCCUGGCACUGGUGUAUCGGGAUCAGAACAAGUACAAAGAGGCCGCCCAUCUGCUCAACGACGCCCUGGCCAUCCGAGAGAAGACGCUAGGCAAGGACCACCCAGCUGUGGCCGCAACACUGAACAACCUGGCAGUUCUGUAUGGCAAGCGGGGCAAGUACAAGGAGGCAGAGCCACUGUGCAAGCGGGCACUGGAGAUCCGGGAGAAGGUCCUGGGCAAGUUCCACCCCGAUGUGGCCAAGCAGCUGAGCAACCUGGCUCUGCUGUGCCAGAACCAGGGCAAAGCCGAGGAAGUGGAGUACUACUACCGGCGGGCCCUAGAGAUCUACGCCACCCGCCUUGGGCCCGACGACCCUAAUGUGGCCAAGACCAAGAACAACCUGGCCUCCUGCUACCUAAAACAGGGCAAGUAUCAGGACGCCGAGACCCUGUACAAGGAGAUCCUCACACGCGCUCACGAGAAGGAGUUUGGCUCUGUCAAUGGGGACAACAAGCCCAUCUGGAUGCAUGCAGAGGAACGGGAGGAGAGCAAGGAUAAGCACCGGGACAGCACCCCAUAUGGGGAAUACGGCAGCUGGUACAAGGCCUGCAAAGUAGACAGUCCCACGGUCAACACCACCCUGCGCAGCUUGGGGGCCCUGUACCGGCGCCAAGGCAAGCUAGAAGCCGCACACACGCUAGAGGACUGCGCCAGCCGUAGCCGCAAGCAGGUGGGGCUAUAUGUGUGGGGGCAUAGCAGGGACCUCUGUGGCCCCCUGUGUGACCCACACAGGCCUGAUGCUCCCACCCUCCCUCAGGGCCUGGACCCUGCCAGUCAGACCAAGGUGGUGGAGCUGCUGAAAGAUGGCAGUGGGGGGCGCAGAGACCGCCGCAGCAGCCGAGACGUGGCUGGGGGGGCCAGGCCUCGGGCUGAGUCUGACCUGGAGGACCCAGGGCCCCCAGCUGAGUGGAGUGGGGACGGCAGCGGUUCCUUGCGGCGCAGUGGCUCCUUUGGGAAGCUCCGGGAUGCCCUGAGGCGAAGCAGUGAGAUGCUGGUAAAGAAGCUGCAGGGAGGUGGCCCCCAGGAGCCCCCUAACCCCAGGAUGAAGCGGGCCAGCUCCCUCAACUUCCUCAACAAGAGUGCGGAGGAGCCAGUCCAGCCUGGAGGCAUGGGCCUCUCUGACAGCCGCACCCUCAGCUCCAGCUCCAUGGACCUCUCCCGGCGAAGCUCCCUCGUGGGCUAAUGCUGAAGGGGCAGCCGGUCGCCAGAGCCUCCACCGGCAUUGCCCCCCAGCCCUGCGCAUGGGCCUGCUGCUUGUCCUGCCUGUCUCUCCCAAGGACCCCUGUCUUUUCUGUUCAAUCUCAGGGUAACCCCCUUCCUUGUCAUCUCAGCCUGAGUCUCAGAGGCUAGGCCUGCCCGCUCCAGCCCCACCCCUUAUUUAUUCCUGCCAGCAGGGCCCCUCUUCCCAAGCCGCAGGGACAGUGGGAAGGUGCUGGCUGAGUCUUUAAGGUAGACUCAGCGGCUGCCCUCCCCGAGACGCCGAGCUAAGAACACCAAGCACCUGCGGUCCCUUCAGCACCUUGCCCUCCCCCGGCCGUUGCUUCUGUAUAUAGAGAAAUAAAUUAUUGGCCGCCCCCCCACCCCCACCCCACUAUUCCCGGGUACUGCCCGGGCUGCCCGCUCCUUGCCCUUCUCUAGUGGUACCGCCCAGGCCUUAAUCACCCCCAUUCCGCGCGGUGGUAUCUCCCAGGCGCCACAGCUCGAGGGGCGGUGCCUCCCCAAGGGUUCCCUAGGUCUUCUCGAGCUCCCGGCUUCAGAGGGGCGGGCCUCCUCCGCCAUCGCCCUGAGCCAUAGCUAGGGGACCUCCCUGUCCUCUCACUGCCGGGCCCUGCCUCGCACCCCGGCCUUAUGCACUGCCCCUCCUGCCCGGCCCCGCCCAGGCAGGCCUGACUCCGCCCCGGGCCCAGCCCACCGAGCCGUUCCGCCACGCCCCUCCCACACCUGCAGCUUCUCGCGAGGGGCUGCCACGGUUGGGAAGUGAGGUGGUCGCUCUUUAUUUUCAGAUAUUGCUGUAGAAAUAAAGACGGUUUCAAUCUGA